GGGAGCAAGUGGGUGGGGGUCUAAGGAGAAAUAAGCGGAAUACAUUUUUGGGGAGAAAGAGGGAAAGAGCAGGAGAGAGAGAAGUCAAUGAGAAAAACAUUCCAUGUGAAUGGCAAGGGCGGGAAGCUGGAGGAAAAGCUCAUUCUUUAAGGAGUCUUUCUCUGGGACUGCUGGACUGCUUCUAUCAUGUUCUCAGACACCAGAGCGCCUGGGGAGCACAGAGGCGUUCAACACAGCAACCCUCAUCUCGACCUCUGGCUUCACAAUGGACUCAGGGCCCACCACAGUAAAAUGGGACUCAAUGGGCAGCGCAGGCGGGCUGACGCCAACCUUACCUAUCCCAACAGAGCCAAGGAGGUAGGCUUUACAUCACAAGAGGUGAUGAACAACAUACAUGGGAAGGAAAGGACGGGUCCCCAUUUGAAUGAACUGGGUCUGGAGGCUAGGAGACAGCACUUCGGCUUGUGGGAGCAUCAUGUGCAGCCAGAUUUGAGCAGCCAAGCGGGCAGUCCUUCCAGGUGGGGCCAUGGCCAGUCUCCAGAGCCAGGCCUGAGACACAGGUCAUCUGUCAGGGACCACUACACAGAAUGCUCCUUUGUUGGGAACCCCCGCCAGACUUUACCACACCCUUCAGUCAGGAAGUACGUGAAGGCCCCCGUCCUCUGCCCCGCUCCGCCAACACAGUUCAAAGGUCAAGACGGCUGUAAAGUGCCUGUUUGUUUGGAGGACCAGCUUUGGGGCUAUUCUAGACAGACUUGUCAGAAAGACCUUCAUACAUCCAGCUGGGUGGAUUCAGCCACAGCCACACAGGGCUUACCAAGACACCAGAGUUUCAGUUCCACCUUGAGUUCCAACAAAAAGAAUGUCCGAAACAGCCAGAGAGACUUGACUAGACCUGUAAGCGGACCAGAGACCAAACUACACCAGAAAGACUUGACUAGACCUGUAAGCGGACCAGAGACCAAAUUACACCAGAAAGACUUGACUAGACCUGUAAGCGGACCAGAGACCAAAUUACACCAGAAAGACUUGACUAGACCAGUAAGCGGACUAGAGACCAAAUUACACCAGAAAGACUUGACUAGACCUGUGGAGGGUUACAAUGGACCCAGCUCUCUGCAUGAGGUCAUCUUCUCCACAGAGGUUCCUCAGAGAGAUAUGGGAGGUCCCACUCUCAAACCUCAGCAGAGUCCCAGUAAGCCCUGUCCCGCCCCAGAGGACGUCCAGACCAGGCCCCCCAGUGGUGACCAGGGCUCCAGGAGUGGGUCAGGCCUGACUGGGUCAAAGAAGCACCAGAAGGUGGUCCGGGAUCAGAUCCGGAAAGUGGUGGAGAACUUGGAGGAGGUUCUAGGAGGCCUGAAGGACAUCCAUCAGGAGAUGAAGGAGGUGGUACAGCAAAUUGAGCUGCUGACCUCAUCCAUUGACCUGAGUGAAGAGGAGGCCAGCCCCAGCCUGCCCAUCGACAGCAGCUCCACCUCCAGCUCCAGUGGAGUGGCGAAGGGCAGCAGCCACCAGAGGCUCAGGGGUGUGGAGGCCAGGCAGGGGGAAGCAGCUCUGUCUUCCCCCAUCAGGACUAACUCACAUCAGCCUCACAACCCUGCCUCCAGCCCGGUCUGCCUCCCCCACCAACCUGCUCCCAGCCCUCAUAGGAGUAGCCCUGUUUGCCCUCCCACCCCUGUUCUUUCCCCCCUCAGUACCAACCCACCUCACCCCAACACCCCUGCUCCCUCAGUCAAGAGUCAGCGUUACCCACACAAUCCUGCUUCUUACCCCAAAAAGAGCAGUCUACAUUACCCCCUCAACCCUACUCUCUUUCACAACCUUGGGCUUUCCCCCAAAAAAAGUAGUCCCCCUCCUCAUCCCUCUGCCCUUGGUCUUUCUGUCACCAUAUCGACCCAAGCAGGGCCACCCAUGGUGGAGCCUCUCCCUGUCAGCCAACCCAGAGACCCUGAGACCCAGACCAGGGUGGAGGGGCUGAGGCCAACAUCUGCUAAAUCACUGGGGCUAACCCAGGGCCAGGUGGCCCCUCAUGGCCCAGGGAGAGUUCCAGGGCCCAGGGGCCGCAAGCCUCCUCCUUACCCGCACAAUGGAAACUUUGAUCGGGCAAGUAAAGGAAAGGACCCCAGGAAGACUCCCCCAUACACUGUGAAAAGAAGGCUGCUCUCGACCACGGUGUGAGGGAGGCGGUUGGAUGGAUGGAGCCACAGCCAGAGCUGCAGGAGUAGAGGCCAAGUUUCCAAGGUGACGGGAGGCG